AUGACACAAGGAAAUAGCACCGAAGUGACUGAAUUCUUUCUUCUCGGAUUUGGUGCCCAAUCCAAGUUGCAGUACGUCUUCAUUGUAUUUCUGGUGAUCUAUAUGACCUCCAUGGUGGGUAAUGUUGGAAUGAUCCUACUCAUCAAGACAGAUUCCAGACUUCAAACACCCAUGUACUUUUUCCUACAACAUUUGGCUUUUGUUGAUAUCUGUUAUACCUCUGCUAUCACUCCCAAGAUGCUGCAAAACUUCAUAGAAGAAAAUAAAUCAAUAUCAUUCAGGGGCUGUGUCAUACAAUUAUUGGUUUAUGCAACAUUUGCAACCAGUGACUGUUACCUCCUGGCUGCCACGGCAGUGGACCGGUAUGUAGCCAUCUGUAACCCACUUCACUAUCCCAUACUUAUGUCUCGAAGAGCCUGCAUCCAUUUGGUAGCUGGUUCAUAUGUCAUGGGCUCAAUAAAUGCUUCUGUACACACAGGUUUUACAUUUUCACUGUCCUUCUGCAAGGCCAAUACCAUCAAUCACUUUUUCUGUGAUGUUCCCCCAAUUCUCACCCUUUCACGCUCCAACAUUGACAUCAACAUCAUGCUACUUGUUGUCUUUGUGGGAUUUAACCUGAUGUUCACGGUGUUGAUCGUCACAUUUUCCUAUGUAUAUAUCACGGUCGCCAUCCUAAAGAUGCCUUCUACGACAGGGAAGAAAAAAGCCUUCUCCACGUGUGUGUCCCACUUGACAGCAGUCAUGAUUUUCUAUGGAACCCUGUCAUAUAUGUACUUACAGCCUCAUUCUAAUAAUUCCCAGGAGAAUAUGAAAGUGGCCUCCAUAUUUUAUGGCAUUGUGAUUCCCAUGUUGAACCCCCUGAUCUAUAGUUUGAGAAAUAAAGAAGUAAAAGAAGCUGCAAGGAAAUUUGGGCAAGAGAAGGAGAUAUGCUUUUCAAAUAUGAUGUCUUGCAUAAAUUCUAAGAGAAGAGAAAAAAUUAACCUGAAGUCAAUGUAG